CUCUUUCUCCGACGCUCUGAGCCUUUUGGUGGUGGUGGUGGGGCCGGGGCGUCCAUCCCACUCUCUCCGCCCGUUCACACCUUCAUCCGUCCGGUCCUGCUGACAGGAUGGAGCCAUGUGACGACGAUGAUGAACUGGGGAUGUUAGCGGCUUUCCACCAUAAGAACAAAAUGUCUGGCUGGCCGCCCCCUGGUCCCGGCUCCUGGGGGGGUCUGCAGGGGCCUCCGUACAGCUGGGACAGCAUGAACAGCACCAGAGAGGGACGGGACUGCUUCACCAACCAAGUGUCCCAGAGCAGCUCCCUGGAGGAGGUCCACCUGGAUGGGCUCCCCCCGGCCCCUCGCCUGGUGGAGAUGAGGCGGGACCCGGUCCUGGGAUUCGGCUUUGUGGCAGGGAGCGAGAAACCAGUGGUGGUCCGCUCUGUCACUCCGGGCGGUCCAUCGGAGGGGAGACUGCUGCCAGGCGAUGAGAUCAUCAUGAUCAACGAUGAACCCGUCAGUUCUGCUCCCAGAGAACGAGUCAUAGACCUCGUCAGGAGCUGCAAAGAGUCUAUCAUUUUGACUGUUGUCCAACCCUAUCCUUCCCCUAAGUCAGCGUUCAUCAGUGCAGCCAAAAAAGCCAUGCUCAAGUCCAAUCCGGUCAAAGUGCGCUUUGCAGAGGAGGUCAUUAUAAACGGCCAGGUUCCAAACCCGGUGAAGGACAACUCUCUGCUGUUCAUGCCAAAUGUCCUGAAGGUCUACCUGGAGAACGGGCAGACCAAGUCUUUUCGCUUCGACAGCAGUACCUCUAUCAAGGAUGUGAUCCUGACCCUGCAAGAGAAGCUGUCAAUCAAAUGCAUCGAGCACUUCUCCCUGGUGUUGGAGCACCGAACGGAAGGUUCUGAAAGCAGACUGCUCCUGCUGCAUGAGCAGGAGAUGCUUACUCAGGUGACCCAGAGGCCCGGCUGUGACAAGAUGAAGUGUUUUUUUAGGAUCAGCUUCGUGCCAAGGGACCCUGUGGAGCUGCUGCGGAGAGACGCUGUGGCAUUUGAAUACCUCUAUGUACAGAGUUGUAACGAUGUGGUUUUGGAGCGGUUCGGCCCGGAGCUGAAGUACGAUGCCGCACUACGAUUGGCCGCUCUGCAGAUGUACAUCCUCACGAUGACAACCAGACAGAGCCAGAAAGUCUCCCUGAAAUACAUCCAAAAAGAGUGGGGUCUGCCGCUGUUCCUCCCCCCUGCCGUGCUGUCCAGCAUGAAGGAGAAAAACAUCAAGAAGGCUCUGACACACAUCCUCAAAACCAACCAGAACCUCGUGCCUCCAGGGAAAAAACUGACCGCUUUGCAGGCCAAGGUGCAUUACCUGAGGUACCUCAGUGAACUCAGACUCUACGGAGGGAGGGAGUUCAAAUCAAUACUACUGCAAGGGGAGAAGCAGACAGAUGUGACGCUGUUAGUGGGCCCCCGCUACGGCAUCAGUCAUGUCAUCAACACACGGACCAACCUAGUGGCCCUGUUGGCCGACUUCAGCCACGUGAACCGCAUCGAGAUCCUCACUGAGGACGAAACCAACGUCCGGCUGGAGCUGCAUGUCCUGGAUGUCAGGCCCAUCACGCUGAUCAUGGAGUCCAGUGAUGCCAUGAACCUGGCCUGUCUGACAGCAGGAUACUACCGCCUCCUAGUGGACGCAAGGAGAUCUAUCUUCAGCAUGCCCCUAUGCAACAGCAUCGGAGGGGAUGACCCUAGUCAGGAUCGCGUCCUGGAGUGGCCGUACAGCACGUCUUUGGGGGACAAUGAGGAGGCCCCCCCCAGCCAGGGAGAGGUGUACAACAGGAACUCGCAGUAUUCAGACAACGGGCAGAGCAUCCCGUCUUACUUCAACGAUCAACAGAACCCCGACAGAGACCUUGGCACUCGCAGAAGUCCGCUACCUCCUCCUCUUCCCCCAGCGACCAGACACAAACCUCAAGACUCACCUCGGAGUGCUAAGGUGUCAUUUAUUUUCGGGGGGGACCCUCCUUUGAACCGGCCCAAGAACUUAGGCUAUGAGAGGCUGAUGGAGAGCCCUGAAGUCCCCGAGCACAGACCGCCAUACUUGCACAACAACACAGACUUCCGGCCUCAGGACAGGGUGCCGUUUCAGUUCAGCGGCCUGACGCACGUGUACAGUAACAUUAUAACUGAGGAGGGGGGGGAGGAGCCGCUUCUGAGGGACCUGUUUUACCGCGACACGACGGACGACGCAGAGGAUGAUGACGACGAUGAAGACUCCACAGGCGGGACACCCGUGACUGAGAACUGCGGCAACCAGGGAGGGUUAGCGACGGCCACCUUCCUCACGCUGUCCGGUUCCACCGACGACAUCAUCGACCUCACCUCCUUACCUCCCCCCGAGGGAGACGACAGCAUGGACGAACCGGAGGACGACACGCUGCUGCAGACUCUUAACCUCGCCAUCGCAGCCCCGCCUCCGGGUUUUCGGGACAGCUCGGACGAGGACGGCGCACCGGAGGGAAGGCCGCUAAGCACACGGGAGAACAACGACAUCCCGGUGUCGUUAAUCGACGCCGUUCCGACUCAUGAGGAGGCGGAGGGUAGCAGGGGAGGGGAGAGAAGGCUGGAUAAUGCAGUCAUGAAAACUUUACUGGCAGUGGAGGCUCUGUCUGUCUCUGAGCAGAGGCCUCCACCACCGCCACCCCCACCACCCAGCAACAGCAACAGCAAUCCAGGAGCGUACAGGUCUCGAGGCUUGAGCGCCGAAUCGUCCUCAGAUUCUGGGAAUGAGACCAACUCCUCGGAGAUGACGGAGAUCUCUGAGCUGGCCGCCUCUCACCGGCUCAACGAGAGCCACAUGCGUCUCCUGGUAGCCACGAGGGAGGGGUACCAACCUUUACUUGAGGAGAAAACUGAUUUCCCCGUGUCACCCACCCCAGUAGGGACAAUACAGAAGAGACCCCGUAGUCCGACGCGACACCUCCACCCUCCAGCAGUUCCCCCACGGCGGAGCCCGCUAUUGGACACUGCUUCAUCAUCGGGGCAAGACACGUUGGUGUUGAGGACCCAGACUAACCUCUCAGCAACUCUGCAGCGCCCCAGUUCAACCACACCAGGAGGCAAGCAUCACAAGAAGUCUGCAGACUCCAGCGGGAAGUACAACACCUUCAGCACAAGGGAGGGGCACCGAGGGGAGGCUGGAGGGAGCCGCGUCCAUCUGGAAAUGGACCAGCGCACUUCCUUCUGCGAGCGAGGGGAGAGUCAACGAAGACAGAACUCUUUUUUGGUAGAAAACUCUGCAGCUGAGGCCAUUGCAAUGAACAGCCUCCCCAGGGAGCAGCACACACUCCCCCGCCCUCCCUCCGCCUCCUCCAAUCGCAUGUUAGAUGCUGGGGACGAUAAUGGAGCGGCGGCUCUGGAGCAAGACGAACAUCUAGUCGUUGCUUCACUGCUGUCCCCGACCAAACAGUCCAGAACAGGGGGGUCCGAGCAGGGAUCGGACAUGCAGAACGAUCAUCAGCCCAUUUCUCGACAGCAGAGUGUCGCACGCCUGUGCGAGUACCAUCUGGCAAAAAGGAUUUCAAAUCUGCAAGGAGAAGCCCACAGUUCCCUCCAGGGGUCUCUGUGCUCCUCAUUGGAUGCGGGGGGCAGCACCAACAGCAGUGCCUGCGCCACCCCGACCGACUCCCCUCUCGGCCCUGGCGCGGUUGAAGCAAAACACCGGCAUUCGCAGAGACAACCGCUUUCUAGCUCCUCCUCCUCGUUGCUCAGGGUGCUAAACCACGAAGAUAACAAACCGGGGAUGUCUCGCGGCCAGAGCGCUCAGGGGAAAGACCUCCACCCUCAUGCGGAUCCGGCGCUCCUACGGAAAAUGCUGCCCAACAUUCACCCUCCCGCCGCCGGGGCUGAACCAAGCCGGCCCUCUUCAGCCAUGCUGUCUAAGCAUAAAGAGACCACAGGUACUGGGAGCAAGAGGCCCCACAAUGAUGUGCAUGCUAAGCAACAGACCUGUUUAAAGGGGAUGAACCAGAAGGAGGGCAGCGAGGCCUACAGACAGCUGAUUAACUAUCUAACAGUCAGCCAGAUGCAUCAGGGAGGGAAGCUGCACAGUGCAGGCAUGGGAGGGGCGGUAAAGAAGGACACCAGGCGCUUUAUUACUAGCAACCCUCAGCUUGUGGAAAUGGUUAAGAAUAGGAGCAACACCAUAACUCGCUGCCCGUGUAUGCCUUCCUCGAUAUCCUCCCCGUUCCUCAGCCCAAAUUUAGUCACCCCGAACCCCACGCUGCUGGCAAAUAAAACCCCUCAGUCAUACCAUUCUGCCACGCUUCCUGCCAAACUCAAGGGGAGUCUCGACAUGCAUGCUCAGAGGCUGAACGAGAGUCUAGAUUUAAGGCCGGCUGCGGCAGAGAGGAGAAGCUCCUUUUCGGGCCUGGAGAGUGAACUAGAGAGGAGUGGUAUGGACCCGGAGCAAUUCCUUUCGCUGUAUAAGAGAGAGGGCUGUAUCAGUCGCGAUGGGGGUUUCAAUACUGUUGGAAACCGUGACAGUGGGGGUACCAAUAACCGUCCCCCACCUCGGUCAAGAAGCCAACCUAGUAACAGCACUGAGGACUGGUUCAGGUCAGACCCGAGGGCAAAGCAUGCAGCUCGUCAGUCUCCUCAUUCUCGUCCUAAUGAUUCUCUCUAUUUCUCUGCCGCCCCCAGUGUAAGUGGUCAACGGGCAGACCUCAACACCGUCUCUCUAGGAAGGGGAGACCACCCUUCAGCUUUUAGCAGGCAGAUAUCUACCGGCAAUAGGGCUUGCAUUACAUCUCCAACUCCCAACCCGCCUCCUCCACCACCUCCCACACCACCUCCUUUGUCUUCUCCCUUGCAAGCCAAUGCUAGAUCCAGCAACUGCACACAGGAUAACAUCCCCUAUUCUGUCCAGGCCCGGCAGAACCACAUUCAGGCCACUAACCCGCAGACGGAUCCCUUCUGCAAUAGCCUGCAACGGGGCCGGGAGCUCAGGCGCAGCACCAGCAACGUGACUGGCGGCUCUGAGAGCGUGGAGACUCUGUUCGAUAAGCCCACACGGAGCCGGAGCCAACAGCCGUUGUCACCAUCUGUGCCCCAGCAAGGUGAGACCAAAGUCCAGCGCAGGCCGACGAGGAAGCGGCUCUCCAAGAGCUACUCCCAGGGCUCUGUGUCUUCCAACACAUGCUGGUCUACCGGCAGCAGGAUAGACAGCAGAAGGGCUUCUGUGGCGUUUCCAUUGCAGAAACACAUGAAGGGCUCUCAAAAACUAGACACCAGUCCCUGGAGAUGCAACGGGCCUUUUAGCUACUGCUUCUUCAAACGUAAGUGUGAGGGAGAGGACGAUGAAAUUGAGUGGGAGAGUACCAGAAGAAGCCGUGGUGGCAGCGAUAUGGAUAAUGGCGGUGCAGCUGCAGCCAUGUCGCCCUGUAGUGCAGCCGUGGAUGUAGCUGGAGAGCAGCUGUAUGGAGAGGUCCUCAAUAACAUGAGCUUUAGCGACCGGCUCGCCCGAAUCAACGCACUCAAGGACCGGAUGUACGGCUUCCCGUCCGGCUUCGUCGAUGUCCGCCGUGACGCCAGCGAGCUCAUCGCUCUGGUGAGAUCCAGCGUAGGUCGCUGCGAUCGCGGAGCCCAGAUGCCCCUCCAGGAUGUUUCCCAGUACAAGCAGCUCCUCUCCGUGGAGUCGAAAGAAUUAGGCCGGGCAUGCCGCAGGAUGGCGCAGGCUCACAGCAGUCCUGAGGAGAUGCUGCUAGCUGUGACAUGUAGCUUCCAGGUGCUGUGCUGUCUCUGCGAAGCCUGCAUGUGUCUGGUGAGGGGGCUCGGAGCUUCAGCCUCACACCAACAGAGAGAGGUCGUUGCAAAGGUGGACGAGGUUGUUAUGAACUACAUCUGUCUGCUCAAAGCGGCUGAGGCUGCCACCGUGGGAGCACCAGGGGAGCACAGCAUGAAGGCCCUGGUCCGCCACUCCAGCACCAUGUCGGCCAUUGCGAACGCACUCACCCGCUCCCUUAAAACGCUGCUUAGCAAGUAGAGGCUACUCUUUAUGCUUUAUAGUGUGGCCUACGCAGUCAGUAGAAGUCUGUCUUUAAGCAUCAUGUUAGUUCUGCUGGAUAUAUUUUUCAUACAAGGUCUAGACGAUCUCCAUAUCAAAACCAAUAAAGUGUAGUUGCAGUUGAACAUUACACAAAAUAAAGAGUAAGAUGCUGAAAGGCAGUCCCUUCUGACUGCCCUUGCUUUUUUCUGAUGACAAUAUUGUAAUGUUUAUUUACAAAGCCAUACUGUCACAGACCUUUGUAAUAUCAUAUGUACCUAAUAGAUACCCUUUUACCUGUGCAUUAUGUUACUUAUUUUAAAAUAUGUAUAUAAUGUACAUAAAUACAAUAUAUAACUAUAUUAUUUGCCGUAGCAGUGUCAAGAAGCAAAUGAGCUAAUAUUGUACCAUGCUGGAAUAAUUCACUUUCAGUUCAAUCAGUUCAGUAAGUGCAGUCUUACUACAGAUAUUUACUAUUAACCUGUGGAAAUGUGUCACUGUCAGUCAAGUGAGGAAAGUGUGGUUGUCUCUUGCAAGCUAAGAGAAAUAUCUGUCAGAAAUGUUGAAAACACUGCACUGCAUCUACCACAGCUUCAUGAUUUACCACAUAGAUUAUUUUCUGAAUUAUAAACAGUAUAUAAAGCACUAUUCCCAAAAAAGGUAAAUAUAUAUACAUAUAAUACUCUGUUAAUAUUAACAAUCUAGAUUUUUUUAUUUAUUACAAAACAUGUCAGAUUGAACACUGUGUUAAUUAUCUCUAAUAAUUUAUUUAUAUACGUUUGUGUGUUUAUUAUCUUAUGUUUUGGAAUAAGUUGUGUGCACGAAUGAUUUAUUAUUCCACACUCUGUAUCAGGAUGCAGUAAUGUAUCUUGAGAAGAAAUACAAUUCCUGUUUUUUUUUUUCAAUA